AUGACUUGCUUUGUGGGACAAGAGCCUGUUCUGUUCAACACGAGCGUGCGCAACAACAUCCUCUACGGAUUGGAUGAGAAUGAUACAGUUGAUGAGAAGUGGAUCAGCAAGUGCGAAAAGAUGUGCAACUUGCGCUUCCUCUACAAAAACGGCAACGAAGGCCUCGCCACGGAGGUGGGCCCGCGGGGGAGCCGCCUCAGCGGGGGCCAGAAGCAGCGGGUGGCCAUUUGCCGUGCGCUGAUGCGGGACCCCAAGGUGAUGCUGCUGGAUGAGGCCACCAGUGCGUUGGACGCCCAGAGUGAGGCCAUCGUCCAGAAAGCGCUGGAGGCGGCCCGCGAAGGGCGCACGUCCUUCGCCAUCGCCCAUCGUCUCUCGACCAUCCAAAAUUGCGACGUCAUCCUGGUGAACGCCGACGGGCGAGUCGUAGAGCAGGGCACUCAUGGCGAGCUUAUGGCAACGAAGGGCGUCUACUACAAGCUGUUCAUGCAGUCUCAGAGGUGA